GGCUUUACUAUUAUGGCUGAUCCCGAAAGGCAGAGCCUGAUUAAUAAUGAAGAAACCAAUACUACAUAUUCAGCUGUUCAGCCGGGAGCUGGAACAGGCAGUGUAGGCGGUGACGAAGGCGGUUCAGCCGUGGUGGAAGGUGCCAAUUCGGCAGAAGGCGGUGUAUCGCAGGCAAAUGUACCAUUUGUUGGGCCCGAUGAAGUGCCACCGCCGUAUCAGGCAAACACUGGAACCGGUGUACCGAUGGUUACAUGCCGGGUGUGCCAAAACAUGAUCGAUAUUACAACAAAACGAGACCAGCACGUUGUGAAGUGCAGUCAUUGCAAUGAGGCAACACCAAUACGCAAUGCUCCACCUGGCAAGAAGUAUGUACGUUGUCCAUGCAACUGUCUGUUGAUUUGUAAGAGUUCGUCGCAACGUAUUGCUUGUCCUCGGCCCAACUGCAAGCGUAUAAUUAACUUAGCACCGAGUCCAGUUACCCCACCGGUACCGGCAAUGCCAGGCAUGUGCCGUGUUACUUGUGGCCAUUGUUCAGAUACAUUUUUGUUCAACACUUUUCACAAUGCACUCGCUCGCUGUCCACACUGCAGGAAGGUUUCAUCUGUUGGCUCGCGUUUUGCUUGUGGACGAGGCAUAUUGUUUGCUAUUCUCGGACUGCUGUUCCUCGUUGCAGGCAUUGGCAUUACUAUUGGUACAUACAAGUAUGCACAGGAUCAUGGCGGUAUUGUUAUUGCAUACAUUGGCCUAUUUUUGAUUGCAGCCUUCUUAUGUGCACGUUCGGUUUAUUAUUUCCGUUUAAAAGUUAGCGCCAUAGAUGGCCCGAUGUAAGGGCAUAUUAAAUGUUUUUUUGUAUCAUUCCUUUUGAUAUUAAAAAAAAUUACACAACACAUAAACAUAUAAUCCUACAUAUAAAAAAAACCCGAGGGAAAGUAACAACAUGAAGACAAGUAUAGAAAUCCGAAAUAGCUACAUAUUUCAGAGUAAAGUUUUAAACUAAACAAAGAAUUGCGAAACAUUCACCUUCAAAUGCAUUCAUUAUUUACGAAAUAAAUAGUUAUGCAAGUGAACAAAAGAUAGUGCAUUAUAAUUAACAAAAAAAAAAUAUGCAAAAAAGUAGCAGCAAAGUAAAUAAGUGCUAACGCAUGUAAAUGUUAGCAGAAAUGUUCUUAUGUUGAAUAUAAAAGAAAAAUAAAAGAUACAACUAAAUACAGUAGCCCUUUUAACACCACAAAAUUUCUCUAAAAAUUUUGAAGUAAUCUCCAAUUCUGUGAAACUGUGAACAGCGUGCGAAAAAUGUGGCUCCAUUCCAUUUUCCAUUCUAAAAUCUAUUGCAGAAAUAUGCCUUGCUCUUUAAGAGCAAAAAGGAAAGAAAGUGUGUGCCACAUUCUUAAGUACCAAAGUUGUGAACAAUGCAUUAAAAAAAAUCGAAUUUGUGCCCCAAAUUGAGUAGUAAUAAAAACUUUAACGUAUUUCUUUUGAAAGUCAAAAAAAAUGUAUGUAUGCAUUUUCUCAUUAAUGUAAACUUGAAUUUCUUUCUUAAUGGAAUUUAGUGUGUAUAAGAAAGCUCAACUUUUGAACACAUAUACAUAUAAAUAAACUCACUUAUUUGUUAGGUUAAAUGUCGGCCUACCGCACACUA